AUGAAGGCUGGAGCACUCGCUGUCGCUGCGGCUUUGGCUAUCGGUGCCUCCGCUGGCAAACGAAUUGCCGCGCGUCGCUAUGCGCACGCUGAAUUCCAUGAGAGAGCAGUCUACCCGACCGCUGCCUCACUCUCUCCAACCGCCCCGGCUGCUGAGGAGACGUGCGGAUGCACUACCAUCUACUCGACCUUCACGGGAGAGGGUGUCCUCUACUUUCCUCCAGCCCCCACCAUCUACGCUAUCAAUUCGACGUCGAGCGUAGCUCCUUCUCCACAUCCGGCCACCGCUACCCUCCCAAACAAUUCAAAGGUCCAUGUUUCGACGGAGUAUCCUUCUCCAGUCGUCCCAACCCCUAUGGCGACGAUAUGCCCCACCCCAGGUGUUUACACUAUUCCAGCUACGACCGUCACUCUGAAUGAGUCGACGACUGUCUGCGACGCUACCUCGACUCGUAUCCCAGCCGGCAACCAUACUGCUGGGGGUGUUACUACGAUUGUCAAGACUAAUACAACUGUCGUCUGUCCAUAUGCGACAGUUGAAACUAAUUCCGGCGGUGUUGUUACGAGCACCAUUUCGACUACCACUUACGUCUGCCCAAGCGCUGGAACUUAUACCAUUGCCCCCUUCACUACUUCAGUUCCAACCCCGAUUGUCUGGGUUUACCCGACUCCAGCUGUAUACAAUCCAGGAACCUAUGUACAGUCAGAGGUAGUAACUACUAUCACGGAGACUAAUGUUGUUGUAUUUUGCCCGUACACCUCCUCCGAGGCUCCGGUCCCAGUCCCGACCUACGUUGCGCCCCCAGUUAUCAUCAAGCCCUCAACUCCCGAGGCUCCGGUCCCAGUCCCGACCUACGUUGCGCCCCCAGUUAUCGUCAAGCCCUCAACUCCCGAGGCUCCGGUCCCAGUCUACACCUACGUUGCGCCCCCAGUUAUUGUCAAGCCCUCAACCUCCGAGGCUCCAGUCCCAGUCUCGACCUACGUUGCGCCUCCAGUUGUCAAGCCAACCCCCAGCUCUUCUCCUGCCAAGAGCACCCCUACUGCCUCUCCGAACCCUGGCGGACUCGGAACCUCUGGAAACCAAUGGGCCAUGACCUAUUCGCCAUACCAGAACAACGGAGAGUGCAAGAAUGCCGCCUCCGUCUCCAGUGAUAUCGCUACCAUUGCCAAGGCUGGUUUCACCACCGUUCGUGUCUACAGCUCUGACUGCUCCGGUCUUGAGAACAUCGGAGCCGCUUGCGAGGCCAACGGAAUCAAAAUGAUCCUUGGAAUCUUUAUCAGUAGCACCGGAAUCUCGGGAGCCGCCGAGCAACUCACCGACAUUGUCAGCUGGGGUAAGUGGAAUCUUGUUGAGCUUAUCGUCGUUGGUAACGAAGCCAUCUUCAACGGACACUGCUCUGCUGCCGAGCUUGCUGCCUUCAUCUUGAGCUGUAAGGCAGCCAUGGGUCCUGGAGGAUACACUGGACCCAUCACUACCACCGAGACCCUCGAUGUUUGGCAAAAGAAUGCCGCUAGUCUCUGCCCCACCGUGGACGUUGUUGGCUGCAACAUUCACCCAUUCUUCAACCCAGAGGUCGAUGCUGGCUCCGCUGGAGAGUUUACUGCAUCGCAACUCAAGAUUGUCGACGAAAUUUGCCCUGGCAAGUACGGAGUCAACCUCGAGACCGGAUGGCCAUCCAGCGGAUCCUGCAACGGAAAGGCCUGCCCAGGUGUCUCUGAGCAAGCUACUGCCAUCAAGGGUAUCUCCGCUGCCUGUGGUGGCAGGUCCGUCAUGUUCUCCUACGUCGAUGACCUCUGGAAGGCGCCGGGUGCGUUCAACUGCGAGCAGAGCUGGGGCUCUAUCCAUAACUUUGAGUAA